GGUUAACACGAAACUAAAGUGCAGUUUUCGUUAAGUGAUGAUGCAUGAAGCAUAGCCAAAUACUUCAUUGUUUUUCAUGCUUUACAUGUUAGUCUAUAAAACAGUAUGUUUGAAUUGUUUGUCAAUAAACCACUGUAGGUGUGCACCACAUGUGAGCAGCUGAGGGAAGAGUUGGCAGCCCUCAAGCGAAGAAAUCGAGAAUUGGAGGAACUGCAUGAAUGCCACAAGAUGGUAAAAAAGCUAAAAAAAAUGAUUGAGGACGACGUCAUCGGGGGUUGUGUGAAGCCAUGCCCAAAGAUGGACAUCGGAGGCGGAGUUGUUGUAGACAACGCAGUAAUUGAAGGACUGCGCCGCAAUUGCCCUGGGGCCCCUGCUAAGUUUGCAAGAGGCCUCAUGCGGCAUCUGUUCACAGCAGAGGAGCUGCGUGGAAAAUCACUGUUUGGACGGCGGUCCAAUGCGCAUCCUUGUGCACCUCAACGGGAAUGCCUGGACCCUGUCAAAGUGAAUGCCAUUAUCGGCUUCACCGUUGCAGAGUUCCAGGCGGACCCUAUGAGGCUGAAAAGUAGCCUGUCGUCGCUGCUUUCGCGGGAAGUAAAGUAGCUCGCGUCAGAGCAGCAGCUGAAGCGCUCCGUACAGGUCAGGCUGGUGGUGUAAACCGAAAUGCUAAGGCAAAAUUUGUUUUGUUUUGUUUUGUUUGUUUGUUUGUUUGUUUAUUUAUUUAUUUAUUUAUUUAUUAUGCAUACCUUACAGGCCUCCCGGAAGGAAUAUUGUUACUUCAAACUAGACAUGUCAUUCAAACACGGAAGAAAAAACAUCCAGACAGCGCAGUAACAUAAUCAUAUUUUAUUAGGCAAUACACUUAUACAAAUAAAAGAAAUGGCAAAAUUUCAAGAAACGAAGUUGUAUUGUUUACGACCUUUAACUCUUCAAUAAAAAACUAGAUAACUAUUCUAUUAGUUGCAUCUGAUGCCAUACCAAGGUUGGCAAAGUUUUUGCAAUAAAGGGAAAAUUCACUCCUUCAUAGCAAUUGCUACAAAGGAAAC